GCGCCCUGCUUCUUCAGGAGACACUCGGGGCCGUGGCCCUUCUCCUCUACUCGCAAAGAUGACGCUCGCCGUCCUGGUCCUGCGGCUGGUGGUCUGCAUCCUGGCGCUUCCCAUGUUUCUGCUGAACCUUCUAGGCGUGUGGAGCUGGGUGUGCAAAAAGUGGUUUCCCUACUUCCUGAAACGCUUCACCGUGAUGUACAACGAGCAGAUGGCGAGCCGAAAGCGGGAGCUCUUCAGCAACCUGCAGGAGUUCGCGGGCCCCUCGGGGAAGCUGUCACUGCUGGAGGUGGGCUGUGGCACCGGGGCCAACUUUAAGUUCUAUCCCCCCGGGUGCAGGGUCACUUGUAUCGACCCCAACCCCAACUUCGAGAAGUUCCUGUUCAAGAGUGUCGCAGAGAACCGGCAUCUGCAGUUCGAGCGCUUCGUGGUGGCGGCCGGAGAGAACAUGCACCAGGUGGCCGAUGGCUCUGUGGACGUGGUGGUCUGCACCCUGGUGCUGUGCUCGGUGAACAACCAAGAGAAGAUUCUGCGCGAGGUGCACCGAGUGCUGAGGCCGGUGAGUGACAAGUGUGAAGGCUGGCUAGCUGCAGCUAUCAUGAGCAAGGGUG